ACUUUCGCCUCUCUCUCUCUCUCUCUCUCUCUCUCACAGGUUCACCUAUCCCAAGCCAACCCUCAAUCCAUCCCCCCUCUCCGUUUUUCGCCAGCGAGAGAGAACGAGAGGAUCCGAUCGUCCGAUCGCUUCCCUCCAUCUCCUUUUUCUUUCUCUCUCGACCGUCCGAUCGAUUCCAACUAUCUCGUCCUCCUGCCUUUCUCAGGUGGGGUGGGAUGCUUUCCAGGAUUUAAGGCAGUGGCAAUGCUCCGGUUCACGGUUUGGUUGCUGCUUUAGCUGUUUUCCCUCUGCAAGGCGUAUGAAGGUUUCAGGAUUUCAGAUCUGUAAGAGAAGUGCUACAUUUGACACCUACUUGCACUAAAGUAUUUUUUUGGCACCUUCUAAUCACUUUUCAAGAGGGAAACAAAUCUGACCCUAAUGCAAGGGCAAAGGGGCACUGUCCAAUCCUUGCCCGAGACAUUUGAAUUUGACCAUGCGUCUAGCUCAAGUAACCCUGCUGUUGAUCAACCACUUUACUGGAAUAACAUGCUAAAUCCAGUAGAUAUGCGGAAUUCGCCAGAUUUUCUAUACUCUCCUGGUGAUCCGAAUAUUUCAUUUACGAAUACCGUCAGUCAUGAAGAUGGGAGCUUAACUAGCUGGAAUCUCAGUGGGCCUAGCUCUAGCAAUCAUGCACAAAACCAGUCCAGCCAUGAGGAAGCCAAAAUGGACCAUGGUUGGACAGCUUCUGUGACAACUCAUUCGGGAUCUGGCCUGAGAUUAGGAGAAAGGAGAUUUGAACCAUCUAACAUUCUUACGUUGGAAAAUGUGAAUAUAAAUCUCAAUGCUAAUCAAGAUGCCAAUGGGCCUUUCCAUCUUCAAAAUUCCAGUCCUGAUGACGUGCCUCCUAAUGCGACUUUCAAUGCUGGCUUUGUUGGAAAUGGUGGCCAGGUCAUGGAAGCAGGUUUAUGUCCUAAUCUGUACAAACCAGGUGGAUCAGAAACUGAGCAGAUUCCAUCUGCUGGCAGUUCCAGUGAUGCAACUCCUUCAGGGACUGUUGACUAUCUGGCUGAUGAUAAUGAUGGUAAUAGGCCUGGUUGUUCACUGGACAGUAGGCGUUUAUCCUGCAAACGGAAAACCCUUGAAGGAGUUUCGGGAUCGUCUUCUUUAAGUGGAAGUCCAAGCUGCUUUCAGCGUGCUGAGAGCAGCGUAUGGCAUACAGUUCCUGCUAGGCAUAAUGCAGCAAGUAGCUCAAAUAUAUCUAGUUCUGUGGAGCAUUUUUCUGGUGUCAGUCAAGAUGAACAGAUGAACCCAAGAUUUGAUGUUGGUAUGAGAAUACCUUCUGACUACCAUCCUGCAUUAAGCAUAGCUGGAAAUGCAGAAACACCGCAGAGAAAUUUUCGUAUGAGAAUCAAUCCUGCACAUCAACAAGAGUCAGCCACGCCUACCCUUUGGACGCCCCCAGGGAGUGCAAUUCGGCGUUCUCAUAUUUGGUCAUCCCAGCAGCCAUCAUCGUCACGAGUUCUUCCAAUUAAUCAGCCCUUGGAUUCAAGGUCGGCAGCAGCCAGUACAAGUUCCCAAACCCAAUCUCGUGCACCACAUGUCCCUGGUUUUCCACAGAAUGUGCACCCUUUCCCAUGGAAUGGGGCUGUUGAUGCAAGAUCGGGUAGUUCAUCAAAUUCUCCUGUCAUUUCAGGAGAGAGAGCAUCUGCUUUACGAGAGGAAGGUAAUUCACGGAGCAUGCCAAGGAGCAUACCGGAGCUUCCGAUGUUUGUGCCAGCGACUGACAUCAGACAUCUAACGCAAGAUCCUACAAGCUGGAAUUUGGCCAAUGGGAAUAUAAAUAUACCUGGGAAUGUGGCUUCUGGUUCACGAAUUGGCUCUAGUUCUGGGGUCCAUCCACCACCAGCUCCUUCUACGUGGAUACCUCAUCAUAAUCCUCCUACCCGCCAUCAUCGAAGGUUGUCAGAAGUUGUCCGACGAUCGUUUCCAUCUAGUGGGUCUGGCUCAGUUGGUCAAAACAGUUAUUUUCCUCCACCACGCACAGCUCCUGCUUCGUCACAUGAGAUGGUGCUUCCAUCUGGAGCUGGUCACCAGGUGCAGCAAUCAUAUUUGAGGUCAGCAUUCUUGAUGGAUAGACAAGGUGAUGGUGUACUAGGAGUUCCGUUAUCAUUGCGGACUCUUGCAACCGUUCCUGAAGGGAGAAGCAGACUAUCUGAGAUUCGUAAUAAUGUCUUGGAACUCAUGCGCAGGGGUGAGAAUCUAAGAUUUGAGGAUAUCCUGAUCCUCGACCAGUCAGUAUUUUAUGGGGUUGACUUACAUGACCGGCACAGAGACAUGCGACUUGAUGUUGACAACAUGUCUUAUGAGGAGCUAUUGGCAUUGGAAGAACGGAUUGGAAAUGUGAGCACUGGACUGAGUGGGGAGACAGUCUUGAAGUGUCUAAAGCAGCGAAAGUAUGUGGCAUUUGCAACAGAAGCAACUGCUCAAGAGGUUGAACCGUGCUGUAUUUGUCAAGAGGAAUAUGUGGAUGGGGAGGAGCUUGGGACUCUGGACUGUGGGCAUGACUUCCACACAGACUGCAUUAAACAAUGGCUAACGCACAAGAAUCUGUGCCCUAUUUGUAAGACAACAGCAUUGGUCACAUGAAAAUCCGUAGUACUAAGACUCAGCCUCAGUGAAAGAGAGAGAGGUUAAAAAGAAGGGAAAAAGAAAAAAAAGUAAAAAGAAAAAGAAAAAAAGAAGGGGUGCUGAGCCCUGAAUGAGUGCGUGAGUUAUUAAAAAGAGUCAUCAUGCUCAUGCUUUAUUGAAUCCAAUACCUUGGUAGAUUAUAUAUUCCAUCAAGAUUUCUUUUUGCCCCC